GCAACACUUAUCAACCACCAUAAAGUCGUCGACGAAAAAUUUUUGUAGACUGAUUGUGUGGAAAGACUAGAUUUUGAUUUUGUCAUCAGAGAAGUGUAAAGUAACAAGAAAAGGAUUUCAAAGUUUGAGAAUAUACAAUAAUUGAAGAACGUCGGUGGUAUUCGAUUUAUGUAUUAAAUAGAAACGAUCGUGGAAAAAUAGCAACAGCAACCAUCCUCAUCAUCAUCACAACAUCGUCUACGUCGUCGUCAAAUUGCUUGGUUGUUGGUUUUGUGUUGUAUUUUUUCGUUGUUCGUUGCUCGAGAAGAAGUAACACGCAUUCGCGCAGAAAGUGUUUUUUUAUUUUAUCAGAGAAUAAUGGCUAAGACAUACGACUAUCUGUUCAAAUUGUUGUUAAUUGGUGAUUCUGGUGUUGGAAAAACGUGCAUAUUAUUCCGAUUCUCUGAAGAUGCCUUCAAUACAACAUUUAUAUCGACAAUAGGCAUAGACUUUAAAAUUAGAACAAUUGAAUUAGAUGGCAAGAAAAUUAAAUUACAAAUAUGGGACACUGCUGGCCAGGAGCGUUUCAGAACAAUUACCACCGCAUACUACAGAGGCGCCAUGGGCAUAAUGUUAGUUUACGAUAUUACCCAAGAGAAAUCCUUUGAGAAUAUUAAAAACUGGAUACGUAACAUUGAGGAGAAUGCAUCGGCGGAUGUUGAGAAAAUGUUGUUGGGCAACAAAUGUGAAUUAAAUGAAAAAAGACAGGUCUCACGUGAACGUGGUGAACAACUGGCUGUUGAAUAUGGCAUCAAAUUCAUGGAAACCUCAGCGAAGGCAAGCAUCAACGUGGAAGAGGCUUUCUUAACAUUAGCUAGUGAUAUUAAAGCAAAAAUGGAAAAACGAAUGGAGGCGAACAAUCCCCCCAAAGGCGGUCAUCAACUGAAACAGAAUGAUCAUAGAAAAGCAGAGAGUUGGUUGUCAAGGUGCAGUCUGCUUUGACGAGGUAAAUACAACGACGAAUGUAGUUUUCUAUCCUCUUGUUAGGCUUAACAAGAACUUAAACUUUUUUUAUGUAAUAAUAAUAAAUAUAACAAUAAUAAUAAAAUUAAAAACAAAAUAAUAAAAAUAAAACUAAUAAUAAUGAAAAAACAAAAAAAAAAGAAAAGAAACGAAAUGAUAUAAAAUAUAUAAAUUAAUAACGCAAAGAAAAACAAAAAAGCGAAGAAAAAUAAUCAUAUUUAAUUAUAGAUGUUUAAAAAAUAAAUGAAAACAAUUAUUGCAAUUUUACCAUGGACAAAAACAAAAAAAAGAAGCACGAAAAACGUAAGACAGCAGAGCAAAACAAUUCAAUUCAAAUUAAAUCAAUUCAUACUAAAACAAAACAUAGAAAAACAGCAACAAUUGUGGUCAACAAAUUACACAAACAAAGCGAACAAUGAUUGGGUUAAAAAAUUAAAACAAACAAAACAAUGCAUGACUUUUAUAAAUAAAUUUAUAUAUUUAUUUAUAUACACACAAGAACAAAACAAAACAGAAAAUUUAAUCCAUUAUUUAGUAACAAAAACAAAACAAACCGAACAAAACAUUGCAAUUUAUAAAUAUUUAGAAGAAAUAUAAAAUAAUAAUAUUAACAACGCCGACAACAAAAACAAACAAGAUGAGAUUUUGCCUCAAAGGAACAGUGAAAAGCGAUUUUUUUUUCAAAUUUAACGGAAAAUCGAUUCCACAUAAAAUUUGGACUCAAUGAAAAGGGAUUUUUGAAAUAAAAAUUGUAAAAUGUUUUCUCGAGUUUUUUUGGAGAAUAAACAAUAAUUUCUAUAGAAAAUGUUGUCGAUAACAACAAUUUCUAUAGAAAAUGUUGUCGAUAACAACAAUUUCUAUAGAAAAUGUUGUCGAUAACAACAAUUUCUAUAGAAAAUGUUGUCGAUAACAACAAUUUCUAUAGAAAAUGUUGUCGAUAACAACAAUUUCUAUAGAAAAUGUUGUCGAUAACAACAAUUUCUAUAGAAAAUGUUGUCGAUAACAACAAUUUCUAUAGAAAAUGUUGUCGAUAACAACAAUUUCUAUAGAAAAUGUUGUCGAUAACAACAAUUUCUAUAGAAAAUGUUGUCGAUAACAACAAUUUCUAUAGAAAAUGUUGUCGAUAACAACAAUUUCUAUAGAAAAUGUUGUCGAUAACAACAAUUUCUAUAGAUAAUGUUGUCGAUAACAACAAUUUCUAUAGAUAAUGUUGUCGAUAACAAUAAUUUCUAUAGAAAAUGUUGUCGAUAACAACAAUUUCUAUAGAAAAUGUUGUCGAUAACAACAAUUUCUAUAGAAAAUGUUGUCGAUAACAACAAUUUCUAUAGAAAAUGUUGUCGAUAACAAAAAUUUUCAUAGAAAAUGAUGUCGAUAACAACAAUUUCUAUAGAAAAUGUUGUCGAUAACAACAAUUUCUAUAGAAAAUGUUGUCGAUAACAACAAUUUCUAUAGAAAAUGUUGUCGAUAACAACAAUUUCUAUAGAAAAUGUUGUCGAUAACAACAAUUUCUAUAGAAAAUGUUGUCGAUAACAACAAUUUCUAUAGAAAAUGUUGUCGAUAACAACAAUUUCUAUAGAAAAUGUUGUCGAUAACAAUAAUUUCUAUAGAAAAUUUUGUCGAUAACAAUAAUUUUUAUAAAAAAUGUUCUCGGUAACAAUCACUUCUAUAGAAAGUGUCGUCGAUAACAAUAAUUUAUAUAGAAAUUUUUGUUGAUAACAACCAAUUCUAUAGAAAAUGUUGUCGAUAACAAUAAUUUCUAUAGAAAAUGUUGUCGAUAGCAAUAAUUUCAAUAGGAAAUUUUGUCGAUAACAAUAAUUUCUAUAGAAAAUGUUGUCGAUAACAAUAAUUUCCAUAGAAAAUGUUGUCGAUAACGAAAAUUUUCAUAGAAAAUGAUGUCGAUAACAAUAAUUUCCAAAGAAAAUGUUGUCGAUAACAAUAAAUUCUAUAGAAAAUAUCGUCGAUAACAACAAUUUCCAAAGAAAGUGUUGUCGAUAACCACAUUUUCUAUAGAAUAGUUUCAUUGAACAAAAUUGCUUCAAAAGAAUAUUCUGUGAUUGCCUAUCAGAUUCCAAUUUUACAAUAACAAUGAAAAUCCUUUUUAAAAUUCUAAAAUUUCGAAAGGAAUAAAAGCUUGUCUUGUUUGUUUUGUUACCUUUUAACCGCAUAGAAAUGUGUUUAUAGUUUACUUGUUAGUUUGUUUUCAUUUAAAUAAAUAGAUUUUUUCUAAUAAAUAAAGUCCCUCCUCUGACCAUCCUCCCCACUUACGAUGUUUGAAAUGUGCAACAACAAAAAAAAAAAAUAAAUAAAUAA